AUGAUGGCCUCCGCACCCGCUCAAACGUUCCAGGGCUGGGUCGCCCACGACCCCUCUGCCGCCCAGGGCAACAUGAAAUGGGGCGACUUCGAGCCCAAGCCUUUUGAGGAGACCGACAUUGAGAUGGAGAUCACCCACUGCGGUGUCUGCGGUAGCGAUUUGCACACUCUGUCUAGCGGCUGGGGACCCUCAGACUACCCCCUCGUCGUCGGUCACGAGAUCAUCGGCAAGGUGUCCCGCGUCGGAAGCAAGGUCACAGACAUCAAGCAGGGUGACCGGGUCGGCAUUGGCGCGCAGAGCAACAGCUGCUUGGACUGCAAGCGCUGCGAGAACGGCCAAGAGACGCAGUGCAAAAAGAGCACCUCGACCUACAACUCCCGCUACCACACUGAGAAGGGCGGCAAGGCCUUCGGUGGUUACGCAAAGAUGUGGCGUGGACCUGGUGCCUACGCAGUCCCUAUCCCAGAAUCCAUUCCCUCUGAAAUCGCCGCACCCAUGUUGUGCGGUGGUGUCACCGUAUACAACCCCUUGGUUGCCAACGGCGCCGGCCCUGGAAAGCGCGUCGGUGUCAUCGGUAUUGGUGGUCUCGGUCACUUCGCCCUCCUCUUCGCAAAGGCGUUGAAGUGCGACAAGGUCGUUGCCAUCUCGCGCUCGUCCAGCAAGAAGGAGGACGCCCUCAAGCUUGGUGCUGACGAGUUCAUUGCUACCGGCGAGGACGAGAAUUGGUCCGCCAACAACACCGACUGUGUCGACAUCCUCAUUUCCACCGUCUCCGGAUCUGGCUUCCAGGUUGACAAGUAUCUAAACCUGCUAGAUGUUGGUGGCAUCCUCGUCCAGGUCGGCGCCCCCGAGGACCCGCUCCCAUCGUUCAAGGUGUUCUCGCUCAUUCUCAAGAACCUGAAGCUCGGCGGUAGCUUGAUCGGCACCAGACAGCACAUCAAGGACAUGUUCGCAUUGGCGGCGAAGCAGGAUGUUAAGUCUUGGGUCCAGGUCAGGCCGAUGAGCGACGCCAACCAGGUCCUCAUCGACUUCGAGGAUGGCAAGCCCAGAUACCGCUAUGUGUUGCAGAACUAA